AUGGGUCUGCCCUGGGAGCUGACGGGGCACGCUGAGGUGGUGAGGGUCAUCUUUGACCCCCAGAAGAUCAGCUACGAGGAGCUCCUCAAACUCUUCUGGGAGAACCACGACCCCACACAAGGCAUGAGGCAGCAGGAGGACCUGGGCACCCAGUACCGCUCCGUCAUCUUCACCCUGGGCCCCCAGCAGCAGGCAGCCGCCCUCCGCAGCAGGACACUGUACCAGCAGGAGCUGAGGGAGGGGCGGCGGGGGGACAUCACCACUGCCAUCCAGCCGGCCGGGGACUUCUACUACGCCGAGGACCGUCACCAGCAGUACCUGCACAAGGUGCCCGGGGGCUCCUGUCACCUGAAGGGCACCGGUGUCACCUGCCCCAUCGCACCCUGA